UAAAAAAACAACAACAAGAAAAUAGAACGGAACGAGGGAAAACAACCCAUCACAAUUAUGUAUAGAUACGAUUGAAAUUGAAGUCAACAAAAGCCGUUGUAGGAUUCCGGGCCAAGUGCAAAGUUGUGGCCAGGCGCUGCAAACUACGCACAAUUUUGGUGUUGGCGGCGGCGGCGACGGCGGCGACCGCAACAGAUCAAAAUUAGCCACGCCUUUUAGAGCAAUUUGGGGAGCAACGCCUCCCAGCUAUGGCCGGAGACAUGUCCAUUGGCUGUGCCGCUCUCAAACGAUCCACAAAACUAAAAAGCUGCACCAGCGGCACCGACACUGACUCCAUGCAGCUGCCAAACGAGCGCAAAGAAAAUGGCCAUAAUAGUGGCCUAUUAAUCAAACCACCCAGUGCACCACAGAAUAUGCGUGGCGGCUUGCGGGUCUACAAGAUCGUCAUACUGGGCGAUGGCGGUGUCGGAAAGUCUGCUGUUACCCUGCAGUUCGUCAGUCACAGCUUUUUGGACUACCAUGACCCCACAAUUGAGGAUUCGUAUCAGCAACAGGCGGUAAUUGACAAUGAGGCCGCUCUGCUGGACAUACUCGACACUGCUGGCCAGGUCGAGUUUACGGCCAUGCGGGACCAAUAUAUGCGCUGCGGCGAAGGUUUCAUCAUUUGCUAUUCGGUUACCGAUCGCCACAGCUUUCAGGAGGCAUCCGAAUAUCGCAAAUUGAUAACACGCGUCCGUCUAUCCGAGGACAUACCGCUGGUGUUGAUAGCCAACAAAGUGGAUUUGGAAUCUCAGCGACGUGUCACCACCGAGGAGGGCAAAAACUUGGCCAAUCAAUUCGGUUGCCCAUUCUUCGAGACAUCCGCUGCACUGAGGCACUACAUCGACGAGGCAUUCUAUACGCUGGUGCGCGAAAUCCGCCGUAAAGAGAUGCAAAAGGCACUGGGCACAGAUACCAGCUCGGAGAAGAUACACACGCGACAUCGCAGUCGCUGGUGGCGCAUCAGAUCCAUAUUCGCACUGGUCUUUCGACGCAGGCGAAAUUUAAACUAGAAAAUGAAAUGAAACAAAAUCAAAUUCCUCGGUUCGCAAGUGCAAUAUUUAUCCAAUGCGUUUUACUAUAUAUAUAUAUAUGAGCUAUAUAUAUAUAUGUACGAUUUGUAUGUGGCACACAAAAUCAAAUAUGUUUGUGUCUAAUCAUUUUUGGAAAACAAAUGAAUUUAUGGAAACGCGUUAAACUAUUCUAAGUGUUAAGGACAACAACUAAGUGACAUUCUGUUUGGACUUACAAAGCUUUUGUUAAUUGUUUUAAUUUGAAUUGUUUUUUGUUUUAUUUUUGUCAUUUGUUAACCAUGCCACAUUGUAUUUGUUGUAUUUGUAUUGUUAAGGUGCUGCUGUGCACACUGAUAUGAGAAUAUAAAUAUAUAUAUAUAUUUAUUUAUAUAUAUAUAUAUAGAGAGAAAGAUAUGUAUAUCAAAAAUAUGUUUUAAGCACGAAUUCGAAAGAUACAAUAUUAUAUAGCAAUGCACAUACGUAUAUAUACGUAUCUAGUAUAACUAAUAAGAAAUGUUGAUUCCUAACAGAAAACAGAAAACCAAUUGGCAAAACACGAAAACCAAAAA